UCACGAUCGAUCUUCUCCUUCGCCGGUGGACUACAGUGCUCCGUCGGAUCAAAAAUAGCUGGAUCAAAAUAGCUGGAUCGUAAUCGGUUAGAGAUUUCUCCGAUCGUAUCUUUUUCUUCUUCAAUUUUUGUUUUGAUUUUCUGAAACUCCAGUGAUAGCCGAUCACAGUCUCUCUUACAAUGCUUGUGAAGAAGAGUUUCUCGGCGGCGGAGAUUCCUGCCGAGCAAGGGGAUGGUAGAGACCAACAACAACUCGACCGAUUUGACCCGGAAUCUGAAGAUAACGAACCAGAAGAUCUACAUGAGAAAAUGGUUGAGAGUAAAGACGAAGAAGAUUCUAAGGAGAAAAGUCCAUCCGGAGACAAAUCAGAACGCAACGAGCUUAAGCUCUUCGACGCCCAAGCUAAACUCAAGAGCUCCGCCUCUAGAAGAGAUUGCACUCUCACAGACCGGUAUACUUGGCUGGAGGAUACCUGCACUCUCACAGACCGGUAUACCUGCGCUCUCAUAGAACUUCGUCAUGGUUACUUGAGGUACCUGGUACUUCAACAUUCACAAUGUGAGGAUACUUCUUGUGUCAACUAGUACAUCCUAAAUGUUGUAUUUCAGUUUACCAUUUACCUAAAAGAUAUAUAUA